GAUUCAUCUGAUGAUGAUUCAUCUGAUGAUGAUUCAUCUGGUGAUGAGUAUGUUACCGCCAAUUACGAUUUGUCUUCUAGUGAAUACACAAAAGAUCUAACAUACCCAGUUAGAGAAAAUAAAGAGGAGAAUAUCAUUGACAUAGAAUUGUACAUAAAAACAGAUUUUCUGCGAAAUUAAAAUUACACUCCGUAAGUUCAAUAAGAGAAAGUGUUCACCAAUGUAAGAAAGUUCUUGCUGCUAUAAUUGACGUAGAUUUUAAAGUUAUUCUCAGUUCAUUUAACCAUGAUUCUAAUGAAUUUUCUUCUCCCAGAUUAUUCGCCGCGAUGUGUCUUCAUCAUGUGUCAUCUCUUUCAUACACAGAAAAGUUAAACAUAAGUAACAUACUAAACAAUUUCCCAGAAUACAUUAGAAGGAACACCACCAAGACUAUGAAUGACAACUAUCUCGAUCUUUUCUUUCGGAAUUUAGAUCCAAAAUGUUGUUAUGACCGUAUAAGUCGUAUCUGGCAUUUUUACUUAGAUAUACAAAAUGCGUUGAAAUACAGUUUAUGCAAAAAACUAAUGGAAUCUGAAGGCCCUAGAAAUGAGCAGUUUCUUUGUGCUAAUAUAAAAAAUCUAGCCUAUCUGUGGAAGACAGAUCACACCAACAGAAAGGACUCAUCACUACUAUUGUCAUUACUUCAUUAUGCUGUCACUUCUGACCAUAUAGAGGAUGUGAAGUUUAUCAAGUCAAUCAUAGCAACACAUAUGGACUGUCAAGAGUUAGUUGAAGUAGUCACGAGUUACAUAGAAAACUGUAAUACAGCGAAACUACUCUCCUUGUCAAAGUUAAUAGAUACUUUGGACGACAUUUUAAAAGCUGAUCCUCAACGGAAAUUAUGGUUAUUGCGUAAACGUUUGGGUGUACUGUUAGAAAAGAAACACUUCGAAGAGUUCAAAGCAACGAUCAUUCAUCAUAGACAGGUUUUUCUGUCAGAUACUUGCGGUUUAAAAAAAUUAUGUUGGACAAAAGGAUCAGCGAUAUACAAACAUGCUCAUUUUACAGUGUUACUGUAUAUUUUAUAUUUUUCUUUAACAACAAAUCAAUAUGAAAGCAAAGCACACGCUUUAUCAAAAAUGUUAGAUAUCGCAAUUAAUACUACAUAUGAUAUGAAAGGUUUAGAUUUUUUCUUUUCGCUCUUAACACAAUUACAUGAUGAGAAUACUCAAUACACCUUAAUAUUUACAGAAGUCUUACUACAGAUAUGGGGGGACAACAUUGAUUUGAAGUUGGUGGUGAUACAAGCCUACGGUGCAUAUUUGUGGAAAUCAAAAUGUUUUGAAUUGCAUAGAAAAUUUUUGCGGUAUCAUUAUCAGUAUCUUUUAUUUACAGCAUUUUUAAGUCGCAUUGAACUUGCUACAAGUGCAGAAUGGGAAAAUGUCAUGUUUAUUUUACAUCAUAUUACGAAUUUUAAUGAAAUAACAAGCUUAAAUCUCAAAAUGAACAAAAAAAAAAUUCCGUUCGUCAUUCAUAAAAUAUGUAUCACUGUGUGAUGAAAGCCAGAUACAAUGUGUGCCAGGUACCAUAGAAAAAGUAGGAAUCAUAUGGGAAUUUGACCAAAUUUUGAUGGUCCAUGCCAUUCUAAUUUACGGAACAGAGCUUAUAAAAAGGGGCUGUUUUGAACGGUACAAAUGGUUGGUAAUACGCCAUCAGAGUUUAUUGAUAUCUAAAUUAACUACACAUUAUAAUCUUAGAGAGAUAAAAAAGAUAUUCUCAGAUCAGAUUUUUUUUCUGACCCUUUCAAACCUUCUGCAACAUUAUACAAUAUUCGAUCAAUGUACAAAAAUGAAGAGAUUGAGAUCAGCGUUUUUAUGUUAUUCUCGAUUUGGUAGAGUAUUUAAAUUCAGUGAUUAAAUUUGCACCUGCGACAAGGAACAGUUGCUCAGUACAUCAUUGUCAUUACGGUACCUUUGUCAAGGAAUCCCUAAUUUAUGUGUAAAAUUUUGUUGUUUAGUUAUAUUCUGGAAGAAAAUAUCGGAAUCAGGCUGCACAGAUCAAUACAAAGAAUUCAUUGUUGAUAACAAGCAUUUAAUUUUAUCAAUGAAAGAUGCAGCAUUGGACUUACAAUUUAAUUAUGAAACCGAAUACUGUGUUUUACUUUUCCACCUUCUUCGUGAAUUCAUACUGUCAAAUAACAACAGGGACAUGAAUCUGACAUUAAGUGCAAUUAACGGUUUAAAACACAAUAGAUUAAAUGAGUUUGGAGAUUUUCAGAAUUUAAAGCCUAACGAAGUAGAUGAGGAAGAAAAAAGAAUUUUUAGAUAUAGUAAUUGGAGAUUAUACAGAAUAGACGAGGUGCUAAAUGGUAAUCUAAAAUUACAUAUAUACGUACGAGCCGUAAUUGACACGUGCAAGUUUAGAUUUUCAGAUUCUAAAGUUUAUGUAUUCAAAAUAUUUACUUAUUAUCUUCAGAAUCUAACCACUGUUCAACAAGAAAAAGGACUUAUUGAACUUAUUGCUAGUGUAGGUGAUCUACUCGAAAAAAAGAGAUAUCGCGCCAAUAUACACUGCGAAAUUUUAUCAUUGAUUUACGACGUGGUUCACAGCUUUUUAGUUCUUAAACAUGAAGUUGAUCAAACAAAGUUGGCCACGUUUUUACUUCAUUUAAACCACAAAUGUCAAUCAGAUUUAGUAAACAAAGUAACUGUUGAAGUAGGAAAGAUAUUACAGUGGAAAACAUUAGCCCCUCAAAGCAUUACUAUUGAAGAGAAAACGGUUAUUUACAAAUGUUUUUGUAUAGUGAGACAAACAAAGAAAACCCACCGACUGAAGGAAAUCAAUCUUGAAGAGUAUACAAGCUACUUUGAUUUUAUAGAAAUGAUAGACCAAGAGGAGCAACGACAGCGGAUAAUCAAACAGACAAUACUUUUGUUGGUUUUACUGCUUCUUCUAACAAGCAUAACGUCAGAUGGUCAUCACAAGUCAGCAAAACUUAAGAAGUAUUUGUCACUGAAGUAUAAAUAUGACGAUCUUGUACUCUAUCUUUUAUGGUGUUCUGGUGAUGUUGAAAUAAAUCCCGGACCUACUUUUUCUAAAAUACGAUCAAUGCACACUUCAGAGAAAGAGAGAAAAUGGACCUGUGAAAUGUGUUCAGUGUUAGUCAAGCUUCUAAAGGAGUUACCUGAAACAUCAAAACCAAAAUGCUUAUGGAAAGAAAAACCCACUUGUUGGCCUGCAUAUGAACCAUUUUUUGAUCCAUACAACAAAUCAAAAGUUCAGAAUGAUGAUUUAUUAUCCAAUGAAAGACUUUUAAAAUGUCUAAUGAAAUGUUGCGACGAAAAUAAAAUUUGUAUUCCGGAAUCAUACCGUUAUGAAAUUAAUUUACUUACAACUAAUAACAAAACCCUUCUAUUUGAAACAUAUAUAUUUCGGAAAGAAAAACACAAUCUUUGCGAGGCUCUUUCGAAUCUGUUGACGUGCAAAGACCGUGGAAAAAUCAAUCAAGACGCGAAGAACUGUGGCAUAACAAUUAACUUUGACAUAAAGCCAUCAUCACAAAAUUUUAAAAAGACAAAGAGAAAGGGAGAAAUUAUUACCAAUACGAGACGGGAUUUAGCAGUUAUAUUAUGUAAGAUUAUAAAAGGGCUAAAUAUAACUGAAAAAUGUGAUGGAAUUUGGAAAACACCUCCUUCAAAAUGGCCAUCAGAUGAACCGUUCUACAGUCCACAUAAUGAAAAGAAGAGACAAGGGGUGUGUCCAGAUAAUGAACUUGUUGAUAACCUUAUCAAAUACUGUGAAUCAAACUCAGUAGUGGUACCAUCACAAUACCAGGGCAUGGUUACCGCUUGGAAUGAAGGGCAUAUGGAUGUGUUGAUUACAACUCAUACUAUUUAUGCAAAUAUUUCAAAGUUAGAACAUUCUUUAAAGUAUCUUCAGAUUGAGGGAAUUUUGUCAAAGCCCGAUAUUUUAGAUUUUCUUAAGAAAGAAGGAUUAACUUUGGAUACUGAUACAUGGAAACUGGAUGACAAGAAGACAGAUGGAAAUCAAAUUGCAAGCAGAGAACUUUCCCAAAAAUUGGUAGUAAAUCCAAUCACAUCAGAGGACACUGCAAUCAAGAAAUUUAGUUCAUGCGAUAAACGCGAUACACAGUUUCAGAAGCUAAGUAUAUCCCAAAAGACAACAGAAGAUUCCCGAAAUAAACUGAUUUCAUCUACUGACAAAACAACAAAUAAAACUGUUGAUGCUGAAUCCUUUUCUCUAGAGACAACUUCCAUGAGAAAACACCAACCAAAGCUCAGUGGAUCUGAGGAACAUAAUAGUCAGAAGAGAAAGUUAAAUACAGUCAAGUUCGAUCGAGAAGAACAUGAAAUAACGAAGAAACAAAAAAUGAACAGCAGUUUAUAUGAGAUAUAUGAACCAUUAACACAGGAAGAAGAGGAUAAACUAAAACAACAGCUAGAAGAACCCGUUCCUCCACUGACUGAGGAAUCUAAGAACUGUUGUCCUGCAGACUUUCAUAACAUAUUAAACAGUUUGUGGAAUUGUAAGGACCUUGAAAGUUAUAUAACCGUUGAAGAAUAUUGAAGUUGAAUAGACAGAUGCAAAAUGAAAAUAACAAUAGAAUAUUUGGCAACCAAACGCUUUUCUGGAUUUGCCAUUACCAGGACGUUCAACACCAAAACUUUGAAUGCCGGGGAUGUAUAAAUACCUAAGGAUCAAUAGGACUUCAACAAAACGACCAAUGACUAUUUAAGACCGACUUUUCCAGUUUGCAUGGAAAGGGGGCUACUCUGUCAAUCAGCAGCGGUUUAUCCACGCAUCACUCGCAAGGCGAAAUCAUUUUUUGUUUCAAAAUGUCAUGAAAGGAAUAGGACACAAUCUGUUGUAACUUACAUAUUAGAGUUAUAUGAUGUAUAAGAAAUUGAGAAAUUACACAUGGCUUUUGUCUGUUUAGUUUCUAUUUUUAUGAUGACUUUAAUUACGGUUUGGCUAUUUGAUAUGCUUAUUUACUUUUUGAUAAUUUGUACAUUUUUCUAAAGUCUUCCCUUUAUUCCUAUCAGAAGACUUUUUACUUUAUUAUAAGAACAUUUUAAUACCCUUACCUUUUCACGAAUGUGACUUACCAAAUUUAACUAUUUACCGGAUUUGUAAUAACAUAAGCAACACGACGGGUGCCACAUGUGGAGCAGGAUCUGCUUACCCUUCCGGAGCACCUGAGAUCACCCCCAGUUUUUGGUGGGGUUCGUGUUGCUUAGUCUUUAGUUUUCUAUGUUGUGUCAUCUGUACUAUUAUUUGUCUGUUUGUCUUUUUAUUUUUGGCCAUGGCUUUGUCAGUUUGUUUUCGAUCUAUGAGUUUGACUGUCCCUCUGGUAUCUUUCGUCCCUCUUUUCAAAGACAUUUUGUUUCUGUACAUUUUUAUAUAUUAGAAGCUUGCAAACAUAUAAUGAUAUCAAUGUUCAAGAUUAUGCAAAAAAUUACAUCUGCUCAGUGGUCUGUUGAUUGGUAUAUUCCCCAGUAAAUUCCAACUAGAGAUUUCAAAAGUUUCAAUGCUAUUUUAUUAUUUAACUUAAAGAAAGUAGAAAUAGGAGACAAGAUCUAAUCUUCUUGAAGACUGUUAGCUCGUGAGCUAUCAUGUUAAAUCUGUAGCUAAGUGUGUCGAGCUUGUUACCUGCUAUCAAGUGUGUUUGUAAUUAUAUAAUCUGUUCAUCUCAAUUAAUUUUGAUUUGGAUUAGUUUGAUUGUUUGACGUAAUUUAAUAGUUGUAAGAUGUUUUUUUUAUUGAACUAUGUUUUAUUAAUGAUUUAUUAUUGCUGUUUUUUUAUGUUGAUGGGCGCACCAUGCGAAAAACUGGGAUAAGUCCCAUCUGUACAAAUGUAUAUAGUUGUAUGCACUUUUUUAUUCAUUAAACUAAAACUGGCUAUAUUAUAUAAAUAACACAUAGCUGAGAGGGUGAUAGAGCAGAUUGUUACCCCGAGAAAACAUUGUCAACUGAGGCGAAGCCUUCAUUUUUAUCAAUGUAGGAUACGUAUGGAAAGGGAGGGGGGGGGGGGGGGGGGGCUACUCUGUCAAUCAGCAGCGGUUUAUCCACGCAUCACUCGCAAGGCGAAAUCUUUUUUUGUUUCAAAAUGUCAUGAAAGGAAUAGGACACAAUCUGUUAUAACUUACAUAUUAGAGUUAUAUGAUGUAUAAGUAAUUGAGAAAUUACACAUGGCUUUUGUCUGUUUAGUUUCUAUUUUAAUGAUGACUUUAAUUACGGUUUGGCUAUUUGAUAUGCUUAUUUACUUUUUGAUAAUUUGUACAUUUUUCUCAAGUCUUCCCUUUAUUCCUAUCUGAAGACUUUUUACUUUAUUAUAAGAACAUUUCAAAGAUAUUUUUUUUCUGUACAUUUUUAUAUAUUAGAAGCUUGCACACAUAUAAUGAUAUCAAUGUUCAAGAUUAUGCAAAAAAAUAUAUCUGCUCAGUGGUCUGUUGAUUGGUAUAUUCCCCAGUAAAUUCCAACUAGAGAUUUCAAAAGUUUCAAUGCUAUUUUAUUAUUUAACGUAAAGAAAGUAGAAAAAGGAGACAAGAUCUAAUCUUCUUGAAGACUGUUAGCUCGUGAGCUAUCAUGUUAAAUCUGUAGCUAAGUGUGUCGAGCUUGUUACCUGCUAUCAAGUGUGUUUGUAAUUAUAUAAUCUAUUCAUCUCAAUUAAUUUUGAUUUGAAUUAGUUUGAUUGUUUGACGUAAUUUAAUAGUUGUAAGAUGUUUUUUUUAUUGAACUAUGUUUUAUUAAUGAUUUAUUAUUGCUGUUUUUUUUAUGUUGAUGGGCGCACCAUGCGAAAAACUGGGAUAAGUCCCAUCUGUACAAAUGUAUAUAGUUGUAUGCACUUUUUUAUUCAUUAAACUAAAACUGGCUAUAUUAUAUAAAUAACACAUAGCUGAGAGGGUGAUAGAGCAGAUUGUUACCCCGAGAAAACAUUGUCAACUGAGGCGAAGCCUUCAUUUUUAUCAAUGUAGGAUACGUAUGGAAAGGGAGGGGGGCUACUCUGUCAAUCAGCAGCGGUUUAUCCACGCAUCACUCGCAAGGCGAAAUCAUUUUUUGUUUCAAAAUGUCAUGAAAGGAAUAGGACACAAUCUGUUGUAACUUACAUAUUAGAGUUAUAUGAUGUAUAAGAAAUUGAGAAAUUACACAUGGCUUUUGUCUGUUUAAUGUUUAUUUUUAUGAUGACUUUAAUUACGGUUUGGCUAUUUGAUAUGCUUAUUUACCUUUUUAAUUUGUACAUUUUUCUCAAGUCUUCCCUUUAUUCCUAUCUGAAGACUUUUUACUUUAUUUUAAGAACAUUUCAAAGAUAUUUUUUUUCUGUACAUUUUUAUAUAUUAGAAGCUUGCACACACAUAAUGAUAUCAAUGUUCAAGAUUAUGCAAAAAAAUAUAUCUGCUCAGUGGUCUGUUGAUUGGUAUAUUCCCCAGUAAAUUCCAACUAGAGAUUUCAAAAGUUUCAAUGCUAUUUUAUUAUUUAACUUACAGAAAGUAGAAAUAGGAGACAAGAAUCUAAUCUUCUUGAAGACUGUUAGCUCGUGAGCUAUCAUGUUACAUCUGUAGCUAAGUGUGUCGAGCUUGUUACCUGCUAUCAAGUGUGUUUGUCAUUAUAUAAUCCAUUCAUCUCAAUUCAUUUUGAUUUGGAUUAGUUUGAUUGUUUGACGUAAUUUAAUAGUUGUAAGAUGUUUUUUUUAUUGAACUAUGUGUUAUUAAUGACUUAUUAUUGCUGUAUUUUUAUGUUGAUGAGCGCACCAUGCGAAACACUGGGAUAAGUCCCAUCUGUACAAAUGUAUAUAGUUGUAUGCACUUUUUUAUCAUUAAACUAAAACUGGCUAUAUUAUAUAAAUAACACAUAGCUGAGAGGGUGAUAGAGCAGAUUGUUACCCCGAAAAAACAUUGUCAACUGAGGCGAAGCCAAGGUUGACAAUGUCUUUUCGAGGGGGAACAAUCUGCUCUAUCACCCUCUCAGAUAUGUGUUAUUUAAUUUAUUAUACUGAAUGUUCUGUUAUUACUGUCGAUUAAAUUUCAAAUUCAAAGUAAUAAACUAUGACGUCUUGUACAUAAAAACCAUCCGUAUUUAAUAAAGCGCACACUUGAUCAAGCGUCUCCAUGAAGGGUAAUAGAGUAUUUGCCAUAGGAUAGAGUCGUAUUUAAUAAAGCGUACACUGGAUCAAGCGUCUCCGUGAAUGGUAAUAGAGUAUUUACCAUAAAAUAGAGUAAAUUAACACCCUCGUGUUGAUUAAUCCAAUCAAAAUAUUGCAUUUUUACGUGAAGUAUAAUAAAUGAUAAUGUCGCAUUACUAAUAAAAAAUAAGUUGAUAAGUUUUUCAUUUCACUUCCCUUCAAUAAGUCAUAUUUAUAUAUAUUAAUUUUUUUAAUGAGUGAUAAAGAACAGACUUUAAACAUAUUAUUUUCGUAUUUUAGUAUUCAAUUAAUCCUGAAAUUAACAAACAAUUCCGGAAAUACAGAUUUGUAUGAAUGAAAAAUUUAGAUUGGUAAAGAGAUAUGUUCAUAAAGAGUGAAGAUUUGAAUAAAUGACAAAGUUAGGAUUGCAAAGAUAUAUGUUCACAGAUUGUGAAGAUUUGUAUGAAUGACAAAGUAAGGAAGGUAAAGAGUUAGAUUUGAAUAAAUGACAAAAUUAGGAUUGUAAAGAGAUAUGUUCACAGAUUGUGAAGAUUUGUAUGAAUGACAAAGUUAGGAAGGUAAGGAGAUAUGUUCACAUAAAAUGAAUAUUUGUAUGAAUGUCAAAGUUAAGAUUGUAAAGAGAUAUGUUCACAUAAAGUGAAGAUUUGUAUGAAUGACAAAGUUAGGAUUGUAAAGAGAUAUGUUCACAUUUAGUGAAAAGGUGUACGAAUGACAAAUUCAGAUAUGUUUGUUUAUAUUAGGUUAUGAUCUGUAUAUUUUUUUAAUUUGUAUAUAUGAUAUCAAGGAAAUUUAUUUCAUUCUUAAAUGUAAUAAUUGUAACUGUGACAACCAGUGGAAAAAUCAUAGCCGUUUUUAAAGUAACUUGACAAAUAAAUAUUUCUUUAAUGUAGUCAUAAGGAUUUGAAUCACACUGCUUCUAAAUAAACUGAUCAUAGCUUCCAGAA